GGCUUAAGAGAGCUGCUGGAGGAACUCACUGAACAUGGUCCUAUAUUGUUGGUGUUGGAUGAUGUGUGGCAAGGAUCAGAGUUCUUUCUUCGGAAAUUUCAAAUUGACUUACCGGGUUAUAAGACUUUGGUGACUUCUCGUUCUGACUUUUCGAGUUUAUGGUCCACUUAUCAUUUGAAACCUUUGAAAGAUGAAGAUGCUAGGUCCCUUCUCAUUCAGUGGGCAUCUCCGCCUCAUCACAUAUCUGUAGAUGAUGAGUAUGAAGAUCUUCUCCAGAAGAUAUUGAAACGUUGCAAUGGAUUCCCUCUUGUUAUUGAAGUAGUCGGCAUUUCACUAAGAGGAAAAGCUCUGUAUUUAUGGAAAGGCCAAGUGGAAAGCUGGUCUGAAGGGGAAACAAUUCUUAGUAAUCCUACUGUGCUACAACGUCUUCAGCCUAGCUUCAAUGCCCUGCAACCCCAUCUUAAAGAGUGUUUCUUGGUCAUGGGUUCAUUUCUUGAAGACCAAAAGAUAUGGGCUUCGCUUAUAAUUGACAUAUGUGUGGAAUUAUUUGGUAGAGGUAGUAGCAGCAGUACCAACGUGUACAUGAAGUACCUUAAUGACCUUGCUUCUCAGAAUCUGCUUAAACUUGUUCCUCUCGGGACAAAUGAGCACGAAGACGGAUUCUACAGUGAGUUGUUAGUCACUCAACAUGAUAUUCUGAGG